AUGGCCAUACUAUCAGACAUCGCCUCGAAAGUAAAAAACACGCGACUCGUUCCGCCAACCGAAGACGAACUAUCCGCGGCCAAAGAAACCAAUCAAAAUUCAGCUCCCUCUCAUACCCAAAAAGGACAACGACCAAUCCUCGAGAUAACAUCCUACGACCGCUUCACUCCACCAUCCCCAAAACCAGACUUAGAAUACGACUGCCGCGUAACCGAGAACCCGUCUCGCCAAAUACGAAAGACAUGCACAGGGCUCGACUCGACGCUACAAGACGAACUCAUGCAGCGCGAGUCUUUCAGUGAUACAGUGGCCCGCGCCAAAGACGAUAUAAAACGGCUCAUGGAAAUCAAGGAUGUGAGGGCUAGUAGGGAAGACGAAGUGGCGAUAGGAUUUGACGAAGGGGGUAGAGGAGAUGAAGAGGAUGAGGGGGGAAGAGAGCGAGAAGAGGGUGAGAGAUAG